AUGAGACCCUGCGUGGCGCGCGUCGUGGCGUGCGUCCUUCUGGCCUUCUGUCUCCUCUCCACGCGCUCUGCUCCCUCUCCGGGGGAUCUAAACGCCCAGGAGCGGCUCUUCCUCUCCUCUCUCGGUCUGAGCUCCAGACCGCGGCCCGCUGAUUCUCGCCCGCAGCGUCGCCAUGUGCCAUCGGCGCUGUGGAGGAUGUUCCGGAGCUCUGAACACCGGAAAAAGGCGCAGGACAGUGACCCGUGCACCGUGGCUGAAUACGGGGUGAAAGGAAACAUCAUCCGCUACGUGCAGGACCAAGGUGGAGAAGUGCCGAGCUGGAAUGGUUUGGAGAAGCAGCUCUUUUUUAACAUGUCGGUUCUUCAACCUGUGGAGCAGUUGACUCUGGCUCGACUGGAGGUUCGAUUCCACUGGGGACCUCUGCUCUCCUCUGAGCUCCUGUCUUCUGACCGUGGGCUCAGUGUGACCCUCUACAGGGUUAUACGCGCCACACUCAAAGGUGCAGACCGUCAGACAAACAGACGCCUGCUCCUCUCACAGUCUGUGCAGCUCCAGCCUGAGUCCACUGCCGUGACCCUUGACCUCACUUCUGUGGCAGAAUCCUGGAGGAAACCCGGGAGGAACUAUGGCCUGGUCCUGGAGAUGGUUCCUCUCAGCAUACAUCCAGAAGAAUUACUGGCAUUUCACCCAGGUAGAUUUUGCUCUGUUCAGCUGGACUUGUCCCUGCCCCUGGUCCAGUCCUCUCUGGUCCUGGUCUCUCUGAACCCAGAGCAAUGUCGGUCUCGUCAGAGGAGGAGCGCGGUGCACCUCCCUGUGUCCCCCUCAAAUGUGUGCAGAGCCCGGAGACUCUACAUUGACUUUAAGGAUGUGGGUUGGCAGGACUGGAUCAUUGCUCCACAGGGUUACAUGGCAAACUACUGUCAUGGCGAGUGUCCGUUCCCCCUGAGUGAGACUCUGAACGGAACAAACCACGCCAUCCUCCAGACUCUGGUCCACUCCCUCGACCCACAGGGCACCCCCCAACCCUGCUGUGUGCCCAUCCGCCUGUCCCCCAUCUCCAUGCUCUACUAUGACAACAACGACAACGUGGUCCUCAGGCACUACCAGGACAUGGUGGUGGACGAGUGUGGAUGCAGAUAGUGAUAAAGCCAUACUGCUACUGUCUCCCUCCCUUUUUUUCUUUUCCCUCUUUCCUUUUUCUUUUCCCAUCCUUACCCAUCUUCAGUGCAUGAGUUACUAGGCUUUUAAAUUGUAUAUUUAAUUUAGUUGUGUUUUUAUGUAUAACAAAAAUUGUAUUAUAUUAAACUACACAUUUUCCGAUUACACACCGUAAUGCUAUUCAUGGGGUUCAGUCUUGAAAAUAAUUUUUAAAAAGGUGGUCUGAAAAUUUGAAAACGUCUAAAAUUUCCAACAGACCACAUUCUUGAUUUCGCUUUUAAUUUUCUUAUUCCUUGUAGUUUAUGCUGCCAUGUUGUCCAGCAGAGGGCACUGUGACUCCAGCUGGGGGAGCAUCAUAUGAAGCCUGUAUGUUUGUCACUGGGGGUUAUUGAGUUCAUGUGUGAUUCAUUCAGUAAAACGCAG